AUGUCGGAUGGCGAAAAUAAGAUCCCCGCCUCCGCAUAUACUAGAUUCAACGUAGAACUCCUUAGACCAGAAGAUGCGGCGCCGAGCGAAGAAGUGGAGUGUUUGGUGGAGUCGCAGGAGACUGGAGGAACUCAUCAGUACGCCACCUACUCCACCCACGGGACUGGUUCAAUUCCUUGGUGCCAAGUAGCAUACUGGGAAGGUCGAGAGCGGGUGGGUCGCCUGUACCCAGUAUGCACACCUUCCCUCAACAUCAUGGGUAACACUCCUCAUGGGGACGGCCUUUCUUUAGCUUCCCUCUCUGCCCAUUCCCACACCUCUCCUUCUGAGCAAGUCAAAAGAACCAGGGAAAAAAUUGGCCUUGGUUUGGUGCUGUAUCAGGAGGGUGACAGAGUGUGGGUGUACAACCGGGCAGAUGUGCCACUCUUCAUCAACUCUCCAACAUUAGAUGGGGGAUUACACACCCGCGCCCACUUUAUUGUCCACAAGCUUCCUCCGGGACACAUUCUUAACAUCUUUGACUAUGACAAAGCCCGGCUGUAUCAAAAACUUCCUGUUCACCCAGACUUGUUGCAUGAGGGGCCCAUUGAUCAGAACGCUGUGCGGAUAUCCUUUGUAAAAGGCUGGGGGCCUAACUACCACCGUCAAGUGAUCACUGAAUGCCCAUGCUGGUUAGAGAUCCUUCUUGUGCCUGCAAGAUGAUGGCAUCACUGCCUGGUGCUCUCUCACUGCCCGCCCAGUCUUGACUCCCUUUGGUUGGCUGCUGGCCGGUCCAGCAGCUCAUUCAGUAGGGGCAGCAGAAACAGCCCUCACAUUGAUAAAUAUGUGUAGUGGAUGUGUUAAACCCACAUGUUGAAGCAGCAGGAAACAAAAGCAGCACAAAAGGGGCAGCUUUGAUAUUGUGUUGACCCAGCCAAGGCUAGUGUGUAAAGUUUAUCUGAGGACUGCUGUAACAAGGUGCACUUAGGUCCUGAGGAAAGCAUUGGUAAUGGAUCCUGUGCACCAGGAACCUCUUGACAAGUGUUACAGUGCAAGAUAUUCAGUAAUAUUGGGAUAUAUGAGUUAUUGUGACUCUUGUCACUGCGCAGAACAAUGUAGGUGGGUGUGAAUAUUUAGUGUGAGAUUAUUUCAGAUUGCAAUUAACGGGUCACAGUUUUGUUGGACAUUUUUCUGUGGUUAUCUUGCCAGUGAAUUGGGGCACCAUGUGUUAAAAGAUUUUUAUUGUAAUGAAAUCUAGUCUGUUUGUUAUUUUUGUUACUGUCUCCUAUCACUGUCUGUUUUAUAUUUACUAAUACAGUAUCCUCAAUAUGUAAUAAACAAAAUUUCUAAAUGAAGGUUGCCUUUACAAAAGCUAGAAUGCUUAGAUACAAAAUGGAACACCCUGUUUAACUAUUCCAAUAUAAUGUAAUAAGCUCUUCAAAUUUAGAGCUUUACCUCUACCUUUUGUGAAUGUGACCAGAAUGGCUUUUGUCCACUUAACUACAGAACUCGGCAUCUUGCAUAAUGUUUAGGUGUACUGUACAGACAAAUGCCGAAAAUAUUUUUAUAUGAACAAAGUUAGUGUGACAGUGAAACACAACACUUUCAUAAAGUGUAUGAUGCUUAGCAUAUAUAAUCCUGCCUCUUCUAUGCAUAAAGGUCUUUGUAUGCAAUGUGUUCCAUAAGAAGUAACAAGAGGCAUUGCUUUUAAAAUUAAAAAAAAAAAGAAA